AUGGCAGACCUCGGCCCCCAGCCAGAUCCCGGGCGGAUACGUCAAUCCUUCUCUCAACUUGCUGAAGAAGUUGGAAAGCUCCCAAAUCUCCCUGCCUUCAGUAACGGCAAUGCAAUUUUACGGUCUCUUCAUCAGAUCAACCAAAGCCUCGAUGGCUUCAAGCGAAGAUUCGACCAGCUCGAUCAGCGACUCGAUCAAAUUGAUACCAAAACAAAUCAUAUUCAGGCACAACUUACCGUCCUGGAUCAAAACAACGCCGCACGUGUACAAAAUGCUUACCUUACGCGUCCCUCUGAUCGCCUCGCCCCGUUAGCUAACCCAAGAACUGGCGCGCCUAUCGAAGAGUUUCCUCAAACAUCUCAAGACCUUACAAGCCUUCAACCUAACGCACUUCAGUCUCUUCUCAGAGAUUUGAAUCUGUCUACCACGGGAAGAAGAGAAGAGAAGAUUGCGAGACUGAGACAAUACGUUGGUCUUCGGAAGGUUGCAGAGGUUGCGUGA